AUGCCUUCUCCGUGGCCUGCUCUGCUUGAUGAUGAGAGCGACACUAGCUCACGCCUGCCCGAGAUCUUCUCGAACGCUUCCGACUCUAAUUCCUCUACCGCACCUAGCGUCUUCGACUCAAGCAGCGAAUCCGAAUCCGAGUCUGAAUCCGAGUCUGAAUCCGAGUCUGAAGAUGAGUCUGAAGAUGAGCUGGCUUCGGAAGAUGAAGAGGAGCAACUUCCACCAGAAUAUUAUCUCCAGGAGGCCGAGUCUCUUGAUGUCUCCCAGCUCCGACAGAAACGCUACAGCCCGAAAACUCAAGAGAGAUUGGAUAAGACACAAGAUUUUUGGGAUAGGUUCUGUAAUGGCACAAAGCGCGGUCCGGUGGAAUGUUUGUCCUGGCUCUCUGAUACAGAGGAGACGGUUCGCUUCCUUAAGGCUCUCUUCUCCUGGCGGUGUGACCAGCGACGUGGAAAGGAUGGACGUCGCACCCUAGGAGUGAAAACUAAAAGCUCGCUCGACUUAUUCUGGAAGUGGUGGCAUCUGAUCUAUAAGGCCGAGGUUGGACAUGAGCUCAGCAAAGAUAUCCAAGUUAAGAUCCGCGAUGUGCUCGCGAUAGUUGCCACAGAAAAGAAACUUUCCCUUAAAGGUCGGCCGAAAGCAACCAUAUAUGUCGAGGAUGUGGCCGAGUUUGCCCGAGUGAUCCUGUCCACGACAGAGAUGACUUUUCCUUGUGGCUACCGUCCCAGGGCGCUACUAAAACUUCGCUUCCAGGAUCUCAAGUUGACAUUAAUUCGGGAUCCGAAUAAAGGACGUCCUCGACUUUUCAUCUACUUAAGACCGGAAUUCACAAAAUCAUUUCUUGGCGAAAAAGAGUCUCUGUCCAUAGACGGCCCUAUGAUGGACUGUCCCGAGAAAUUGUACCGUCUUCGGAUCCUAGAUGGACUUGGUGAGCAGGAAUUAAAGCUGAAGGACGAAAUUCUCGAUCAGCAUGUGUUUUGCCAAGUAUUACGAGAAGCUAAUGGCAUUCGAAUCACACUAGAAAAGGAACUUACGGGGGGAUGGCUGCGUUACAGAAUGAAACGAGGUGGUGAGAUUACUGGCUUCGCGGAAGUCGCGAAGCCCUAUUGUCUCCGAUAUGGCGUAGCAAAAGCGUUUAACGAUAGUCCGGACGUAUCGAAUGAAUUGCAGAACGUGAUGCUGCAGCACGCCAGCAUUGAUACUUUUGUCCGGCACUACAGUGUGGGUAUCCACGUAGAUGCCCAGGCAAUUGUACGGGGCAUGCCCGCUCAGAAACAGCUUAUGCGGUUUGCCUGCUCGAUGAGUCGGUCGAUUGAUCCUCGCAGACCCUAUCGGCUUAGGGAUUCGAGCUGUAUCAAUGAUAUUCCCCGCCAGGAGUUCGGCGAUAACCUACCGCAGAGUGGCCCUCAUUCCCGAAUAAUCCGUAAGCGGUGGAAGGCUCAAGAGAAAGGUGUCAAAAAGUUACGCCAGAAAUUUGAUCAUGCAGACGAGCAGUAUGAUCGCGCAGUGAAGCAACUACGAAACGAGAAGGGAUGGCAAAAGCACCGAUUGAUUCGUGAAAAUCUGGAGCGGUACAAAAAUGAGCAGCCGGUGAUCGACAGUGAGCGGCAACUUUCCGGAAAAGUUGUUGACGAAGAAGUUAUGGGGGCGUUGCAGUGUACCGGCUAUAUGACACCGCAGCAUAUGACGCUUAUCGACAGUGUUCUGACUAUGCCGGGUACAACAGUCGAGAAAGAAUAUGAGCGUCGAAUUGCUGCAAUCAAUGCAGUGAUUGCGGUCUGUGAUGCGGAAGAGGGUGCUCCCUCGCGGCCUCGUGCCCCGCAAAAACGCACCGCCGAUGCUGCCGAUAUGCCACCUGUUGCCCCCCUGCCUAAGAGGCAGAAGUCUAUCCCCUCAGAUGAGAGUGGCGAUACUUUCUCUCAAGCGAUCGCUUCUGUUUGCGUCAAAUGUCCAGGAGAGAGACCAACGAUAUGCUUUAUUUGUCUUGGUAAUACUAGACUGCCAGAACGCGAACGCCUGAAAAUGUACAAGAACCCCGGGUCCCUCAGCCGACACUUCGUCAACAAACAUAUCAAGCCGUUCCCAAACGACAUGCACUGUGAGUGCAACAUUUGCGGGGAAAAGCUGAUGUCAAAAUCGGGACUCCUGAACCAUGCGCAAAGAAUGCAUGGAACUGUCUCCUGCCUACCUUUACCAGCUCUUGGCCUACCCCUCCCUUAA